AUGAACAGCAUCAACAUUGCGGAUUCUGCAAAUGUUGUUGAUACAGCACCCUUCGAAAAUUCAAAUCUCAGCAAACGAGAGAAUGAAUUGUUGAAUAUAAACAGAGCGGGUGAUACAGGUCAUCAACAUUCCCAAGACUGGCCCGACAACAGGAAAAAAAACGAAUUCGGCUCUGCAACUCGCUGUACAGGUCAUCACGCCAAUUGUCAAUCCAUCAUCAUCACAGCUGAAAGUAGUACUACUGCUCCUAGGAGUUGUGUACCCAACGUUGGCACCGUCAUACAAGACCCAAAAACGUCCAACGUUCGCGAAUUGAACUCAGUUCCUAACAACGAGGAAGCUCUCGUUCAUGAACCAUCCGAAACAAUUGUUUCAUUACCCACUACUACAACAUCCACUUCGGUUUCAUCCGAAAUCAUGCUAAAAGCCUUGUUCAAUACCAAAACCAAGAAGAAUUCAUCAUCCAAUACAAAUUCAUCGAAUAAUAACUUGACAACAACAACAACCACGUCAGCUGCCAUGUAUGAUACAACAACAUCUUCCAAACGAUUGGCAUCCGGACUCGGACUCACUAAAAAAGAGACCUCUCAAGAAAAUGUCGAAUUUGAUUUGUUAUAUGCAACAAAAUUAUCUUCAAUAUCCAACAAGAAAAGCUCACGAAGACAUAAGAAAUCAACUUGGAGUUCAUCUAGACCAUCUCGAGAGAAAAUGAAUCAAUUUUGUAAAUAUUGUAAAAUAUCCGAGAGACAUUUAGAAAAGAAAAACUUGUCCACAUUGACACAAUUGAAAACGUGUAGUUUGUGUCGUGAAGUGAGAUAUUGCUGUAAGGAACAUCAAGUAGAGGAUUGGCCUAAUCAUAAAAUUGAUUGCAACAGUGCCGUACGAGCUCGUAAUAAUGGUAUUUAUUGCAAGACAUUGAAAAAAGGUCAUUCCAAAUAUAGACCUUGUGAAGGAGAUGUGGUAUCCAUUCACUACGUGGCUCGAUUAUUGAAUGGAACCAUUGUGGAUAAAACUUACAAAUCCAUUGAGACAAACAAAUAUUGUAGUGUUUCUUAUGACACGAGUGAUGAUGAAGAUACUGAAAAUGCUUUUGAUGACGACAAUGAUCCAUAUAUUGUUAAGCCUCCAUCCAAUGUGUAUAAUGAUUUUGAGGGAUGGCUUUCACAUGCUAAUAUUCAACAACGGAAAAGUUUUGCUCAACACGAUGACAUUAAUGCUGAGGAUGAUGAUGAACAUACCUCUCAUUCUUCACAAAGUGAUUUAACAGCAGCAACCAUUGAUUUUUCGACAGGAACAAGUGUGACGUCUUCAUUCUAUUCUGAAGCUGGUCAAUCCUUCUUGGAUGAAGAUCAAAAUUCACAAAGAUCCACAAUAUCAUCAUCGAGUAUGAUUUCAAAUCCAGAAAGAACUCUUGAACAAAGCAUAGAAUUCGAAAAUGAAGCUCAAGAUAAUUGGUCGGACAGCUCAUCAGGCAGAGCAGGUGGUGGAACCUCUUCAUCCACUUCGAAUGCUACGAUCAUUUUUGAUUCGCUCCAGAAAGAUGUGGAGGUUGUUCCAGAUCCUCUUCAAUUCAAAAUUGGAAAAGGUCAAGUACCAUCAGGAGUGGAAAAGGCAGUCAAACAAAUGUCACUUGGAGAGAGAUGUUAUCUAGUUGUGGCUCCAUCCAAAGAAUCGUCGAAACGAGAUGUUAUUUCCAAGAGAAUGAAAAAUGCCAAUGGAUAUACUAUUAUCUAUGAAAUAAUGCUUGUGCAUAUCCUUAGAAAGAGACAAUAUAAUGAAUUUGAUUUUGAAAAUAUUCAGAAUAUGGACUCUAUGAAUGACCAUGCAUUGAUUCGAUUGGAGGAAUUCACAAAAGAUGAUGACUCGUAUCAGAGCUGCUAUUACGAACCUUUUAGACCCUUUUUGGCCAAUGUGUCAUCUUUAUCUGCACAAUUGUAUUAA